GCCGGCUUGCGCUUGACGUCACACAUUUAAAGAACUGACAAAGUACGUGUUCGUAUCCUGUAACUGGUUCGCUAAUCGGUCGGAAGUUCCCGAAGCUGGAAGGCCUACAUAACCAAAAUUUCACCAUUUUAUAGAUUCGCCUUCAGUUGUCAUUUUUGUGUAUUUACGAAUAAAGAGUUAGCAAUAUGGCCGCUCCAGCUGUGGGUAUUGAUCUUGGCACCACCUACUCCUGCGUUGGCGUUUUCCAGCACGGCAAAGUGGAGAUCAUCGCCAAUGACCAAGGCAACCGGACCACCCCAAGCUAUGUGGCCUUCACCGACACGGAGCGUCUCAUCGGAGAUGCAGCCAAGAACCAGGUGGCCAUGAACCCUACCAACACUGUCUUUGAUGCAAAGCGUUUGAUUGGUCGAAAGUUCAAUGAUCCAUCCGUGCAGUCGGACAUGAAGCAUUGGUCCUUCACCGUCGUAGACGAUUCCACCAAGCCCAAAAUCAGAGUUGAAUACAAAGGCGAAACCAAGACAUUUUACCCUGAGGAGAUCAGCUCCAUGGUUUUGGUCAAGAUGAAGCAGACAGCGGAGGCUUACCUCGGAAAGACUGUCACCAAUGCCGUGAUCACCGUCCCGGCUUACUUCAAUGACUCCCAGCGCCAAGCCACCAAAGAUGCCGGUGCCAUCUCUGGCCUCAAUGUCCUGCGUAUCAUCAACGAGCCCACCGCAGCUGCCAUUGCUUACGGUCUGGAUAAGAAGGUUGGCGGCGAGAGGACUGUCCUGAUCUUUGACCUGGGCGGGGGCACAUUCGAUGUGUCGGUGCUGGUCAUCGAGGAUGGCAUAUUUGAGGUCAAGUCCACUCAUGGGGACACCCACUUGGGGGGUGAAGACUUUGACAACCGGAUGGUCAACCACUUCAUUGACCAGUUCCAGCGCAAGCACAAGAAGAACUUGUCGACCAACAAGCGAGCCUUGAGGAGGCUGCGCACGGCCUGCGAGCGAGCCAAGAGGACCCUGUCAUCCAGCUCACAGGCCAGCAUUGAAAUUGACUCGCUCUUUGAAGGGAUUGACUUCUACACCUCCAUAUCGAGAGCCCGCUUUGAAGAACUGAAUGCGGAUUUGUUCCGAAGCACCCUAGAACCCGUGGUCAAGGCCUUAGCCGAUGCAGGUGUUGAGAAGAACAAGAUAAACGACGUCGUUCUCGUCGGCGGCUCCACCCGUAUUCCCAAAAUCCAGAAGUUGUUGGAGGACUUCUUCGAUGGCAAGGAUCUGAACAAGAGCAUCAACCCAGACGAGGCUGUGGCCUACGGAGCAGCUGUGCAGGCGGCCAUUUUGCACGGAGACAAAUCGGAGGAGGUGCAGGACCUGCUCCUGCUUGACGUGGCGCCACUCUCGCUCGGACUGGAGACCGCCGGCGGCGUCAUGACCACACUGAUCAAGAGAAACAGCACGGUCCCGACCAAGCAAACCCAGAAGUUCACCACCUACUCGGACAACCAGUCCAGUGUACUGAUCCAGGUGUACGAGGGGGAACGCUCCAUGACCGCAAACAACAAUCUUUUGGGCAAGUUUGAGCUCUCUGGCAUACCACCGGCACCACGAGGCGUCCCGCAAAUUGAGGUGACCUUUGACAUUGACGCCAAUGGCAUCUUGAAUGUGUCCGCUGUCGACACUAGCACAGGCAGGGAGAACAAGAUCACCAUCACCAACGACAAAGGUCGUCUGUCCAAAGACGAGAUUGAAAAGAUGGUGGCUGAUGCUGAGAAGUUUAAGGCAGAGGAUGAGGCCCAGCGGGAUCGCAUUGCCGCCAAGAACGGCCUGGAAGGUUACGCCUACAACAUGAAGUCCACCGUCGAAGAUGAGAAACUAAAGGACAAGAUCAGCCCCGAGGACAAGCAAGCCAUCCUGGAUAAAUGCAAGGAGGUCCUUGACUGGCUCGACGGCAACCAGAUGGCUGAAAAGGACGAGUUUGAAGAUCGUCAGAAGGAACUGGAGGGGAUCUGCACUCCCAUCAUCAAAAAGCUGUACGAGGCAGCAGGGGGUGCAGCAGGGGGUAUGCCCGGGGGUAUGCCCGGAGGUAUGCCCGGAGGUAUGCCAGGGGCAGGUGGGGCGGCGCCUGAUGCUAGCACUGGCAGCAGUGGACCAACCAUCGAGGAGGUCGACUAAAUGUCACCCUCACCAAUGGGGCUCAUUGUUUUUUUUAAUGUAGAGGGAUACUGUAGUGCAGGGUACAGUAAGUUGUCACUUAGUGCGGGUCUUGUGGCACAGGUACGUGGUGUGAAUUGGCUAGCCAUGACACAUGUACAGCACACAGACAUAUUGCUUCCUAGGUGUCAGUGUCAGAUGAGUCAUAAAUUGUCCAGUUUCACCUGCUUUAUUCUCUAUUUGAAUAAAAAAAAAACCAAGUUUUGACCGUUCGUCAUCUGCAUUCCAAAGCAAGACUAGCAUAGAGUGACUACCAUGCUUGAUAAGUCAAAACAUGCUCGAUGUAUGCAACACAACUUCUCUGACGUGCACUUCAAACUCAGUGGAACCUUUAAACCCACGUAAAUAAAAUUUUUCUGUGGCCGUUUAUCAGAACCAUUCACAAUGUCUUGCAGUUUGCGGGAAGGGAUCGGGAGGCCCCUUGAAAAGCAUUAAUGAUUUACAAAGUUUAUGUGUGUUAUUAAAGAUGCUGGGAUAUUAUUAAAGUGUUGUAUCACCUCCAAGACUUGCAGAAGUUAGGAGUAAUAAUAACUAUUACGUAGGUCUUUUUUUUUUUAACACCAACUUACUGUAGAAAUUCUGUUUUGCAUCCAGGACGUUUUCAGUGACCAAUGGAAUUGUUUUCUCUGUUUCUUUCAACACAAAUUGUAAUACGGGUUAAGACUCCCUUCGGCCAGGUACGCAGCACAGUGUCAUUACGUCUGACAUCUUUCGCGACACCGGCUGACUGUAGCAGAGCCUACCGAGCUGUGUGUAUGUUGCAUAUUGAAGAGUGAAAGAUAGUUGCUAAAUACGUUUUGUGACAAAAGGUGUGUACAGUAUUAUCUCAGUGGAACAAAAUCUCAAACAGAUGGUAUCACAGACCUAAAAUAUACGUCCUGAAUAUAUUUCGUCAGUAAACCUCAGCUUUCCUUAAGGUGCGAAAGUCACCAUCGGUACAAAAUACAAAGCCAGCCAAGGUGACAUUUGCAGUCAAAAGGAGAAUGACUGGGUGUGGGAGAACUGUUUGCUUCAAUAGAGCGAGGCAGGUUUACAGAAAUCCUAAGAUAGUUAGGUGAUAGCCAGCUGCAUUUCCUGACCGGUGAUGUAUUGUGCCGGACAUCAGUACCCCAGAGGAUGGCCAGUGUUGGGCCAUUAAUGCUCAUUUGCACCAGUGACCUGUCCUUCAGUGGCUGAAUACUACUGUGAUGUGAAGACACAUACACAUGUCAAAGUGUUUGCGUAGUCCAGUUCCUGAAGCUGCUUAGUAGAAAGUACAGUUAAGCUAAAAACCAGCAACACCUGCAACAUCAAUCUAUACUGGUAGCUUCUUGCUUAGUGAAUUUCUGUGCUUACACUUCUAUGAAAGUUACCUUUUCGGAUGUAAUUUUAGCUGUAACCAAGAUAUUUGCUCUGAACGUGAAUGUGUGUGUGUGAAAUAUGGUUACGUGGGACCCAAUUGACGCGUCCAGGUUCUGCAGUAUUUUUUCAACCAACUUGUGCAAUGUGUAAGAUUGUCAACUUUUGUAUGGCAGUACAUACAUGUAUGCACAUAUUUAUUUUGGAAUCCUGGGUUGUUCGUUUGUGUCCCCCAAAAGACAUGAAACCCAGGUUGUAAUUUAUUACGUUUGUCUUGUGUUGAUGUCCAAGCAGGGGUAACGUGUUAAAGCUCAUUGUUGUCAUGGUUUCUGGACAGCCCUUCGGCUUCACUUUGUCAUUUCUUUGAUGUUUUGUGAUGAUAAAACAAUUUUCUCAGAAAA